AUGACCCACACUUCCAUGAAUCAGGGCCUAUUUGUCUUCAGUCUUCAGAUGGGUGAUGGUAAUAAGGUCAUUCCCUGGAAGCAGCUUCCUUUGGAGAACUUCACCAUGGUCACUGAAUUCCUGUUGCUGGGCUUUUCUAACCUCAACAAAAUGCAGUUUGUUCUCUUUGGCGUCAUUCUCUGCCUCUACCUGAUCAUUCUGAGUGGAAACAUCACUGUUAUCACUACAAUCUGCCUGGAGCACAGCCUCCAUACUCCUAUGUACUUCUUCUUGAGUGUCCUUUCUGUCUCUGAGACAUUGUACACUUUUGUCAUCCUACCCAAGAUGCUCCUCAACCUCUUAUCUGUGCUCAGGACAAUAUCCUUCACCAGUUGUGCUGCCCAAAUGUUCUUCCUUCUUGGUUUUGCCACCACCAACUGCCUAUUGUUGGGUGUGAUGGGUUAUGACCGCUACACUGCCAUCUGUCACCCUCUGCGCUACCCAGUCCUCAUGAGCUGGUGGAUCUGCAAGUUGAUGGCAACCACUUGCGGUGUGAGUGGCUUUCUGUUUUCAAUGAUAGGAACGUUUUUGGUCUUCACCCUCCCCUUCUGCAACUCCAACAAAAUUAAUCACUAUUUCUGUGACAUUGCACCUGUCAUUCAUCUUGCCUGUGGGGACCCCUAUAUCAAUGAAGCAAUUAUAUUUGUUGGUGGAGUUGUGGCACUUGUUGUACCUUGGAUGUUCAUCUGUAUCACUUAUGGCUUCAUUAUCAGAACUAUCCUGAGGAUCCCAUCAACUGAAGGGAGAAAGAAAGCCUUUUCCACCUGUGCUUCCCACCUCACAGUGGUUGUAUUCCACUAUGGAUGUGCAUCUUUUGUCUACUUGAGACCCUCAUCCAAACAUACAUCUGACAAGGACAAACUGGUGACUGUGACUUACACCAUCUUCACUCCUCUAUUGAAUCCUAUGGUUUACACACUCAGAAACAGGGAAGUUCGGGUAGCCAUUCAGAAGGUGAUGCACUGGAGAGGAUUUUCUCCUAAAGUCAUAUAACACAGAUAUAGACCUAUAUGCAAAAAUCUAUAAGCUACACAUAUAGUCAUAGAUAUGGUUCAGGUGCUAUUGUCUGGGCUUGAUGCUUCUCAAACCUAUUUAGAAUUUUCGUCCUCUGGCCAGUUGCUACAAGUAGGUCAAGUACCAGGAAAAGGUGUACCACAUAUUAUCAAAUCUACUAUGGGAAGAAAUGUAUUCUACCACCUAAUUGUCCACUAGAUUUAGAAAGAUCUUAGAAUAGUCUUUAAAAAUACCCUUACCUUCCCUCUUGGAAUCAAUAUUAUGUAUUGGUUCCAUGACAGAAGAGCAGUAAGGACUAGACAAUGAGGUUUAAGUGACUUACCGAGGGUUACACAGCCAGGAAUUGUUUCAGGCUAGAUUUAAACCCAGGACCUCCCAUCCCUAGGCCUGGCUCUCAAUCCACUGAGCUACCCAGCUGCCCCCUUAGCAUGGUCUUUAAGAAGUGGUUGUUAUAUUUUAGGUCUCCUUUGAAACAUGUCCUUAUGUCAAUGGAGUACAGGCACAGGGAUCAUAUUCUAUAAGAAAUAUAAUUGCAGUUAUCUUGGAAGAUCAUUUUCAUUAUUGGCUUAACCAUUACUGGUAAAGUGACUUUAGACAUGCAAGAAUGGUACCAAGUAUUGUUGUAAGAUAUUACACACCCAGUGGAUGAAUAUUCACACAAACACACACAUACACACAUAUACACUCACACAUUUUCACCUUUCUCCUGUCAAUUUUUAAGUC